AUGGCAUCCCGUCGCUCUGUUGGCUCUCCUUCCGCCGCCAUCGUACCAGCCGUCGCGUCUUCGCUCAGAAGUGUCAUGAUGUACAACCACAAUGCACUUACUCAAGCAAUUUCCCAAAUUGAAGCUAUUGGAGACAUCCAAAACGAACUUGUGAAUGCUCGCUCCGCGCACGCACAAGUAUCCAAAGACCUCCAAAUGGCUGUCGAGCGAAGUGCUAAUCAGGCUCUUCAGCUCCAACAAACACAGGAUGAACUAAGGGCUGCAAACCAAAAGUUACAUGGCGCAAGAGAGCAACUGCGGCUACUUGAAUCUAGACUUGUCGCCGCAGAUGGGAGAGCAUCGUCUGAACAGGCGGUUCACCAUCCUAGGGUCCAAGCACUGGAAUCGGCGCUCAAUGGUGCAAAUCAACAAAUUAACGAACUAACCAGGAGGCUUCAGAUGGCUACUUCUGCCGCUAUUGCUUCACAACAUUCGGAUAGCCCGGUCAUCAAAAUAGAAUCAUUGAAUCAAUCUUCACCACGGGCUCAGACGUUGGAGAGACGUUUAGCUAUGAUACUUGGGCUAUCAGACCAGGAUUUAACAGCAGCUACCAACCAACUUGUGGAGACGCUGACGGGCCCAAACACAAGCGUCAUUUCGGGAGAGAUUGGUUCCCAACAAAAAUUGCAGGCGAGUAUAUUCGCACACUUCAAGGCGCUACGUAGUGAAUUCAAUACUGUUCUUAACGCGGCUCAGACCUGUACCUCGCGAAACGCCAUGUUAGAAGCAACUCUGACAACAAUAAGGGACCUUCGCAUCGGUACUUCGCCAACGAUACCACAGCCUACAAUGUCUGAAACUCGUCCAAGCACUGAUACCAAUGCCCCUCAAGAAUCACCCAUUGACGGGGAAAUUGAGAUGGAUAUCGAACGUACUGAAGCUGCCAGGGUAGCCAGACAGAGUUCGAGCGCUACCCCAACGAUACAACCUCAAUCAGUCACCCCUCAACAACGACCUCCAUCCACCCAACCUGGAAAUACACUCCAGUUGGUGGGAACCCCCACAAACCAUGCGUCCUCUACUCAACCACAAGACUCGCCCCAGCGAAAGAGACAAAGGACCUUGACAAGCGGAGGAACAGAACCACUGCCUCGGGAUCAUAUAUUACACGCCCACGUUCGUCUUGUAACUACUACUUACAAAAUUGAACCAGCGGAUGGUGCAUCCAACGGUAGCGACACUUCAGCUGCGCAGAAGAAGCUUGUCUGUAAACUGUGCGAAACCCGCCACAAAUCACAGUCAGACCACCAAAUUGCGGUAUUUCCUUAUGACAGGGACACCCCAAUUACUGUCCCACAAUUGGCCGAAGCCGAAUCGACUCGGGCGCGGAUUGAGCCAUGGAUCAGCCAUAUACAACAGCAGCACCAAAGGAUGUAUACCACGAUAAUGGGGAGAAUGGGGGCAAAAUCGAGUACCUCCACACCCACGGCCACGGCCACAUCAAUCCCCACGUCUGUACCCACGCCCGUAUUACCAACACCGUAG